AUGACUUUCAAGAAAACUAAUGAUGUUAAUAGAAGUGCACACAUAUUUGAAGAAGAGCUAGAACAUGAAGAGAUUCUUGUUGAGGUGGAACAUGUCGAUGCUAAAUUGUGUAUCCCAGAUCAAGUCGAAGAAGAAACACAUAAUGCUGAAGAUACUAAGGCAAUUAAGGAAAUCGGUUCUUUGAUGUAUGUUAUGGUUUGUACUAGACCCGACAUAGCAUAUGCAAUAAGUCUUAUAAACAGGUACAUGGAAAAUCCUGGAAAGGAUCACUGGAAAGCAUUGAAGUGGAUUCUAAGGAUUUACGAGUUCUUUCUAGCACUUGCAACCUGUAACACUAUUGUGCCUCUUGUUGUUGACACACCUGAUCCUGAUGUCAAGCUGUUAGAUUAUCAAGGCGAAUCACCGGACGAACAAGCAUUGGCGUACGCCGCGGCGGCCUAUGGUUUUAUGCUCAUCGAACGAACCUCCGGCCACAUCGUCAUUGAUAUUCAUGGAGAAAGACUAAAGUUCAAUGUCUUGGGUUUACAUGAAUUUGACAGUGAUAGAAAAAGAAUGUCGGUUAUAUUAGGCUACCCUGACAAUUCGGUUAAACUCUUCGUCAAAGGAGCCGACACGACCAUGUUUAGUAUAAUCGACAAAUCAUACAACAUGGACUUGAUAAAAUCGACAGAAACACAUCUUCACUCGUAUUCAUCUCUCGGUUUAAGAACACUUGUGAUUGGAAUGAGAGAACUAAACACUUCCGAGUUUGAACAAUGGCAUACAUCCUAUGAAGCAGCGAGCACUGCAGUGUUUGGUAGGGCUGCAAUGCUUAGAAAAAUCUCAAACCAUGUUGAAAACAAUGUUUGCAUAUUAGGAGCUUCUGCUAUCGAAGAUAAACUUCAACAUGGCGUACCAGAAGCAAUCGAGUCUCUAAGGACAGCAGGGAUUAAAGUUUGGGUGUUAACCGGUGACAAGCAAGAAACUGCUGUAUCUAUCGGAUUCUCAUCGAAACUCUUAACAAGAAGCAUGACUCAAAUUAUUAUUAGUAGUAAUAAUAAAGCUUCCUCUAGAAAAAGUCUCAAAGAUGCUCUUGAAAGAUCUAGAAAACUUGAUGCAGUUUCAAUGCAGAUCGCUUUGAUUAUCGAUGGUGGAAGCCUCGUUCAUAUUCUCGAUACUGAUCAUGAAGAAGAGUUAUUUCAACUUGCGAGUUUGUGUUCCGUUGUUCUUUGUUGUCGAGUUGCUCCUCUGCAAAAAGCCGAUAUUGUUUCCCUUGUGAAGAAGAGAACAUCUGACAUGACACUAGCCAUUGGAGACGGUGCUAAUGAUGUUUCAAUGAUUCAAAUGGCUGAUGUCGGAAUCGGCAUCAGUGGACAAGAGGGCAGGCAAGCUGUAAUGUCAUCAGAUUUCGCAAUGGGACAGUUUAGGUUUUUAGUUCCUCUCUUGUUGGUUCAUGGUCACUGGAAUUACCAAAGGCUUGGUUACAUGACUCUAUACAAUUUCUACAGAAAUGCUGUCCUUGUUCUUGUCCUAUUUUCUAUAACUGUUCUGUACUUACGUGUACAUCUCUAUUUUUUUUCCAUAAUCAUGAAAAAAAAGCACAUUAAGAACAGUACUGAAAGAAGAAACCUUGGAUAUUUCUCGUGCGGAACGGGUAACCCGAUUGACGAUUGCUGGCGUUGCGACCCCAAUUGGCAACAGAAUAGGAAGCGUCUGGCAGAUUGUGGUAUUGGUUUUGGAAGAAAUGCUAUCGGUGGUCGCGAUGGAAAGUUCUAUGUUGUCACUGACCCGAGAGACGACGACCCUGUUAACCCAAGGCCGGGAACUUUGCGUCACGCUGUUAUCCAAGAUAGGCCACUUUGGAUUGUGUUCAAGAGGGACAUGGUUAUUCAGUUGAAACAAGAGCUGAUUAUGAACAGUUUCAAGACUAUUGAUGGAAGAGGAGCAAACGUACAUAUUGCAAAUGGAGCGUGCAUUACGAUUCAGUAUGUUACAAAUGUUAUCAUUCAUGGUCUUCAUAUUCACGACUGUGUUCCUACUGGUAAUGCUAUGGCUUCGCCGAGUCACAUUGCACGACUCGUUAUGCAAUUUUUGAUAGUCUACAGCGCACUACCAACUAUCAUUGUUGGAAUUCUCGACAAAGAUCUCGGUAGAAGCACACUCCUAAGGCAUCCUCAGCUUUAUAGUGCUGGCCAAAGAAACGAAGCUUACAACAAGAAAUUGUUUAUGUUAACAAUGGCAGAUACUUUGUGGCAAAGCAUGGUUAUAUUUUGGCCUCCACUUUUUGCAUAUUGGAAAAGUACCAUUGAUGUAGCAAGUAUAGGUGACCUUUGGACUUUGGCAGUGGUUAUUUUGGUGAAUUUGCACUUGGCUAUGGAUGUUGUUAGAUGGUAUUGGGUGACUCAUGCUGUCAUUUGGGGAUCUAUUGCUGCUACUUUCAUUGCUGUCAUGAUCAUUGAUGCUAUACCUAAACUUCCUGGUUUCUGGGCCUUCUUUCAUGUUGCCAACACUGGUUUAUUCUGGGCAUUAUUGCUAGGAAUUAUUGUAGCGGCAUUGCUUCCACGUUUGGUUGUAAAGUUUAUCUAUCAAUAUUACUUUCCUAGUGAUAUUCAGAUUUCUAAGGGCCUUCCUAUCAAUAUUACUUUCCUAUCAAUAUUACUUUCCUAG